AUGCCUCCAAAAGGCACGAAACCUACGAGCGAUGAGCUCCUCGCUCAAUUCGACGACCUCGGCAUCGACUCAACGACGGAGAAGCAGCCAUCGAAGCCGACAGCUGCAUCCACCACCGCACAGUCGGAACAAGAUAUCCUGGCCGAACUGGACAAUCUAGCUUCGCAGCGCCCAAGCAGUGGGCCCGGCACUCCACGACUUUCAACGAACGAGCCUAGACCAGCCACCAAGUCACCCAAGCCAGCAGCAGUAGCUACACCUCGGUCUAGCGAAGACAAACCAGCUUCUCAGACCGAGAAGCCAAAUGCGCAAGAGGCGCCUGCCAGCGGAGGUGGAGGAUGGUGGGGAGGGUUUUUUGCCACGGCCACUGCUGCUAUGAAGCAAGCUGAGGCUGCAGUCAAAGAGAUUCAGCAGAAUGAGGAGGCCCAGAAGUGGGCGCAGCAAGUGCGAGGGAAUGUUGGAGCUCUCAGAGAUCUAGGUGGUGAGCUCAAGAACAAGGCCCUCCCUACAUUUACAUCUCUGCUUCACACCAUUGCGCCUCCAAUUUCCUCUCAUGAGCGCCUCCAAAUACAUAUCACUCACGAUAUCUCUGGAUAUCCCGCUAUCGACCCUAUCGUUUACUCCGUUUUUUCGCGCGUAAUGGCACAGGUCGAAGGCGGAGACCUCCUUGUCAUCCAACGCGGUCAAGAAUCUGCCCCAAAACGCGGACUUGAUCUUGGAACUUCAUUCUCCUCUGCAGGCUGGCAAGAUGGCCCUUGGUGGCGCACUGUCACACCUGGAACUCCUCGCAGUAUCUCGGCCGUCCGAGGCACCGUGGAGGCCACCAAGCUUGCUCGGGCGAGCGCAGAAUCAUAUGCCACCGACUAUUUCGCCUCAAGGGGCGGAGUUGAAGAAGCUGCGAAACAAGCAACUCAAGUCCUGAGUGAAUCCAACCCAGUCCGAAGCAGCGACAUUUUCCUGGCUAUCCAAGCCAUCAGUCAAACUUCAUCAACGGAACUUUUCCAGGCUGGCCCGGCGACGGAGAUGGCGACCCCUCCUGGCGUGGUUGACGUUCCCGAGGCGACAGAAGACGAGAUCGCGUUCGCCCUUUAUCUCCAUGACCCCAUCCAUGGCAUUGCCUUCCACACUAUUUCCCAGACAAUUCCCCAAAAAUGGAUCGAUUGGCUCGAUGCCGAGGCUCCAGCUGCCGCAGACCUCAACGCGGCGGACGCUAACGUACCGCGCACGACCGUUCCUGGGGAUAUUGCUGAGAUUGUUGCCAGCGGGGCAGUUGAUCCCCGCGAAUGGGUGGCGGAAUGGCUGGAAGAAUCUCUGGCUUUAGCCAUCGGAGUAGUUGCACAGCGUUAUGUGGCUCGAAGAAUGGGCGUCGGUGAGGGGGGUCCCGGUAAGGGCAAGAUGCGUGCUGAACAGGCGUCGGUCGUGGACAGUGGAGCAGGAGAAGCUGCAAGAGCGCUCUAG